GUUGGUGAGGCCAUUUAGUACCCACCAAGAUGGUGGCCUUGUCCUUAAAGAUUUGUGUACGCCAGUGCAAUGUGGUGAAAACGAUGCAGUUUGAGCCAUCUACCCCUGUAUAUGAUGCCUGCAGGAUCAUCCGAGAGAGAGUUCCAGAAGCACAGACAGGACAAGCCUCAGAUUAUGGCCUGUUCCUGUCUGAUGAUGAUCCGCGGAAAGGAAUCUGGCUUGAGUCUGGAAGAACGCUGGAUUACUACAUGCUGCGAAAUGGAGAUGUCUUGGAGUAUAAGAAGAAACAAAGACCGCAAAAGAUCAAAAUGCUCGAUGGUGCAAUUAAAACCAUCAUGGUGGAUGACUCAAAAACAGUUGGUGAGCUGCUUGUCACCAUAUGCAGUAGAAUAGGAAUCACCAACUAUGAGGAGUACUCGCUCAUUCAAGAGGUGACAGAAGACAAGAAGGAGGAUGGGAUGGGGACACUGAAGAAGGACAGAACCCUUCUGCUGCGAGACGAGAGGAAAAUGGAAAAGCUCAAAGCUAAACUCCACACAGAUGAUGACUUGAACUGGUUGGAUCACAGCAGGACAUUCAGGGAGCAGGGAGUGGAGGAAAGUGAGACCCUGCUGCUCAGGCGCAAGUUCUUCUAUUCAGACCAAAACGUGGACUCACGAGACCCUGUCCAGCUAAACCUGCUUUAUGUUCAGGCUAGAGAUGAUAUAUUGAAUGGAUCCCACCCUGUGUCCUUUGAUAAAGCCUGUGAGUUUGCAGGGAUCCAGGCUCAAAUCCAGUUUGGACCCCACGUGGAGCACAAGCACAAGCCUGGAUUCCUGGACCUGAAGGAGUUUUUACCUAAAGAGUACAUCAAGCAGAGAGGGUCCGAAAAGAAAAUAUUCCAAGAACAUAAAACAUGUGGAGAGAUGACAGAGAUUGAAGGGAAAGUAAAGUAUGUGAAGCUUGCAAGGUCCCUGCAGACGUAUGGAGUGUCUUUCUUCCUGGUGAAGGAAAAGAUGAAGGGUAAAAAUAAGCUGGUCCCACGGCUGCUGGGGAUAACCAAGGAGUCAGUGAUGCGAGUUGAUGAGAAGACGAAAGAUGUGGUCCAGGAAUGGCCUCUGACUACAGUGAAGAGAUGGGCAGCCUCCCCGAAGAGCUUCACAUUGGACUUUGGGGAGUACCAGGAAAGUUACUACUCUGUCCAGACUACAGAGGGGGAGCAGAUAUCCCAACUCAUCGCUGGAUACAUUGAUAUUAUUCUUAAAAAGAAACAGAGUAAAGAUCGUUUUGGCCUUGAGGGAGAUGAAGAAUCCACCAUGCUGGAGGAAUCAGUUUCCCCUAAGAAGUCCACAAUUUUGCAGCAGCAAUUCAAUCGUGUAGGCCGUGUGGAGCAUGGGUCAGUGGCCCUUCCAGGCAUUAUACGGUCUGGCUCUGUUGGUGGCCCUGACACCUUCAAUGUGGGUACUAUGCCCUCUGCCCAGCAGCAAAUCACAACAGGGCAGAUGCACAGGGGACACAUGCCUCCACUGAAUUUAGCCCAGCAGGCCUUGAUGGGAACGAUCAACAGCAGUAUGCAGGCUGUGCAGCAGGCCCAGGCUGACCUGGGACACGUGGAUAAUCUGCCUCCACUGGGCCACGACUUAGCAUCCAGGGUGUGGGUUCAGAACAAAGUUGAUGAGUCCAAACAUGAAAUCCACUCUCAGGUUGAUGCCAUCACUGCUGGAACAGCAUCUGUGGUCAAUCUCACAGCAGGUGAACCCUCAGAGACUGAUUACACAGCAGUGGGCUGCGCCAUCACCACCAUCUCCUCCAACCUCACGGAAAUGUCUAAAGGUGUCAAGCUGCUAGCAGCAUUAAUGGACGAUGAGGUGGGGAGUGGACACAAGCUCAUGGGUGCUGCCAGGAUGCUGGCAGGAGCUGUGUCAGAUCUGCUCAGAUCUGUUGAGCCUGCAGCCGCUGAGCCCAGACAGACGGUGCUGACUGCAGCAGGAAGCAUUGGACAAGCCAGCGGGGACCUGCUCCGUCACAUGGGGGAGGGCGAGACUGAUGAGAAGUUCCAGGACACCCUGAUGAAUCUGGCCAAGGCGGUGGCCAAUGCAGCUGCUAUGUUGGUCCUGAAGGCCAAGAACGUUGCCCAGGUGGCCGAGGACACCAUAUUGCAGAACCGAGUGAUCGCAGCUGCCACUCAAUGUGCCCUGUCCACCUCACAGCUAGUGGCCUGCACCAAGGUGGUGAGUCCGACCAUCAGUUCCCCAGUGUGUCAGGAGCAGCUUGUUGAGGCCGGCAAACUAGUAGACCGAUCUGUUGAGACAUGUGUGAAAGCUUGCCGCUUGGCCAGUGAUGAUGGGGAGCUGCUGAAACAAGUCGGGGCAGCAGCUGGUGUGGUGAGCCAGGCCCUUGGCGACCUACUGCAACAUGUCCGCCAUUACGCCAGCUGUGGUGAGCCCAUCGGACGCUACGACCAGGCCACAGACACGAUCAUGAACGUGACUGAAAAUAUUUUCACUUCCAUGGGUGAUGCUGGUGAGAUGGUGCGUCAGGCCAGGGUGUUGGCUCAGGCAACUUCUGAUUUGGUCAAUGCCAUGAGGUCGGAUGCAGAGGCGGAAGUUGACGUUGACAACUCCAAGAAACUACUUGCUGCAGCCAAACUUCUGGCUGAUGCCACAGCUCGGAUGGUGGAAGCUGCUAAGGGGGCGGCUGCCUACCCAGAGAAUGAGGACCAGCAGCAGAGGCUCAGGGAGGCGGCUGAAGGGCUGCGUGUUGCCACAAAUGCAGCAGCUCAAAAUGCAAUAAAGAAGAAGUUAGUCAACAGGCUGGAGUUAGCGGCUAAGCAGGCAGCAGCUGCUGCAACUCAGACCAUUGCAGCUGCACAGAAUGCUGCUGCUUCCAACAAAAAUACUGUCUCACAUCAGCAGUUAGUACACAGCUGCAAGGCAGUUGCAGAUAGUAUUCCCCAGCUGGUGCAAGGGAUGAGGAGCAGCCAAGCCCAACCUGAAGAGCUUGGGCCUCAGCUCGCCCUCAUCAUGGCCAGCCAGAGUUUCUUACAGCCUGGAAGUAAGAUGGUAGCAUCAGCGAAGUCUGCAGUUCCCACAGUGACUGACCAGGCUGCUGCUAUGCAGCUGGGCCAGUGUGCCAAGAAUUUAGCAACCUGCCUGGCGGAGCUCAGGACUGCCACCCAGAAGGCACAUGAAGCCUGUGGCCCUCUGGAGAUUGAUUCUGCCCUGAAGACCGUACAGACACUUAAGUGUGAGCUUCAGGAUGCUAAGAUGUCUGUGAUUGAUGGCCAACUCAAACCUCUUCCUGGGGAAACGCUGGAAAAGUGCGCUCAGGAUUUGGGAAGUACAUCUAAGGCGGUGGGCUCCUCCAUGGCACAACUGUUGACAUGUGCUGCACAGGGCAAUGAACAUUAUACAGGUGUUGCUGCCAGAGAAACGGCACAGGCUUUGAGGACAUUGGCUCAAGCAGCUAGAGGUGUGGCAGCAAGCACCAAAGAGCCUCAGGCUGCAGCUGCAAUGCUGGACUCAGCCCAAUGUGUGAUGGAAGGCUCGACCAUGCUGAUCCAUGAGGCUCAUCAGGCUCUGGUUCAUCCAGGAGAUGCAGAGAGUCAGCAGAGACUGGCACAGGUAGCCAAAGCGGUGUCACACUCCCUGAAUAAUUGUGUGAAUUGCCUGCCAGGCCAAAAGGAUGUUGAUAUGGCUCUCAGGAGCAUCGGAGAGGCCAGCAAGAAGCUGCUAGUGGACUUUCUCCCUCCAUGCAGUAAGACAUUCCAGGAGGCCCAAACUGAGCUGAACCACACAGCAGCUGAACUCAACCACUCAGCAGGCGAGGUCGUCCACUCCUCCCGUGGAACAAGCAGCCAGUUGGCUGCAGCCUCUGGGAAGUUCAGCCAAGACUUUGAUGAGUUCCUGGAUGCUGGCAUUGAGAUGGCAGGACACACCCAAAGCAAAGAAGACCAAAUCCAAGUCAUUGGUAAUCUGAAGAACAUCUCCAUGGCAUCCAGCAAGCUGCUACUGGCCGCCAAGUCUCUGUCUGUGGAUCCAGGUGCAGCCAAUGCAAAGAAUCUUCUAGCUGUGGCAGCAAGGGCGGUGACAGAGAGUAUUAACCAGCUGAUAACACUCUGUACCCAGCAAGCAGCUGGACAAAAGGAGUGUGACAACGCCUUAAGGGAGCUGGAGGCUGUCAGGGGUCUCCUGGAAAACCCCAACGAGCCUGUGAACGAACUCUCCUACUUUGACUGCAUUGAGAGCGUCAUGGAGAACUCAAAGGUCCUGGGAGAGUCGAUGGCGGGCAUUUCUCAGCACUGUAAGACAGGUGAUGUUCUAGCCUUUGGAGAGAGUGUGAGUUUGGCAUCCAAAGCUCUGUGUGGGCUGACAGAGGCUGCAGGACAGGCUUCUUAUCUUGUAGGUGUUUCUGAUCCAAAUAGCCAGUCAGGUCACGAAGGGUUGGUGGAUCCCAUUCAGUUUGCACGGGCCCACCAAGCUAUACAGAUGGCUUGUCAGAAUUUAGUGGACCCAGCGAGUAGUCCCUCACAGGUCUUAUCUGCAGCAACAAUUGUAGCCAAACACACCUCGGCUCUCUGUAAUGCCUGCCGCCUAGCCUCUUCUAAAACCUCCAACCCUGUGGCUAGGAGGCAGUUUGUCCAGUCAGCCAAAGAGGUGGCCAACACCACAGCCAACCUCGUCAAAACCAUCAAGGCUUUAGAUGGGGAUUUUUCUGAGGAGAACAGGAGCAGGUGCCGUGUUGCUACAACUCCACUCCUUGAGGCUGUAGAAAACCUGUCAACCUUUGCCAACAAUCCGGAGUUUGCUAGCAUCCCAGCUCAGAUCAGUAAUGAGGGCUCAGCAGCCCAGGAGCCUAUUGUGCGCUCAGCUCGCUCCAUGCUCGAUAGCUCCACUUACCUUAUAGAAACUGCUCGCUCACUGGUUCUCAACCCCAAAGAUCCUCCAACUUGGUCCAUCCUAGCCGGUCACUCCAGGACAGUUUCUGACUCCAUCAAGAGCCUCAUCACCUCAAUUAGGGACAAGGCACCAGGACAGAGAGAGUGUGAUUACUCCAUUGAUAACAUUAAUAAGUGUAUCCGGGACAUUGAGCAAGCUUCCCUGGCUGCAGUUGGGCAGACCCUGCCCUGCAGAGAUGAUAUCUCUAUGGAAGCACUCCAGGAACAGCUGACAUCCUCUGUACAAGAGAUUGGUCAUCUGAUUGAUCCUGUCUCCACAGCGGCUCGAGGUGAAGCUGCCCAACUAGGACACAAGGUCACCCAGCUGGCCAGUUACUUUGAUCCACUUAUUGUGGCCUCAGUCGGCCUGGCCUCAAAGCUGCAAGACCACCAGCAGCAGAUGACCAUCUUGGACCAGACCAAGACCCUGUCUGAGUCUGCCCUGCAGAUGCUUUAUGCUGCCAAGGAAGGUGGAGGAAACCCAAAGGCGUCCCACACCCACGAUGCUAUCUCUGAGGCAGCCCAGCUAAUGAAAGAGGCUGUGGAUGACAUCAUGGUGACUUUGAAUGAGGCAGCAAGUGAAGGUGGUAUGGUUGGGGGCAUGGUGGAGUCCAUUGCUGAGUCCAUGGGCAGGUUGGAUGAAGGAACACCUCCAGAACCAGAGGGCUCUUUUGUGGACUACCAGACCACCAUGGUGAAGUUCUCCAAGGCCAUUGCCAUCACUGCCCAGGAGAUGAUGACUAAGUCAGUAACCUGCCCCGAAGAGCUCUGCGGCCUCGCCUCUCAGGUGACAGUGGACUACGGACAGCUUGCACACCAAGGACGCCUCGCUGCAGCCACUGCAGAGCCAGAAGAGGUUGCUUUCCAGAUAAGGACCCGAGUGCAAGAACUGGGCCAUGGCUGUAUCUAUCUGGUCCAGAAGGCUGGAGCCCUGCAGCUCAGCCCUACUGACAGCUUUUCCAAAAGAGAGCUCAUCGAGUGUGCCCGCGCAGUCACUGAGAAGGUGUCGUUGGUACUGUCAGCACUGCAAGCAGGAAACAAAGGCACCCAGGCCUGUAUCACAGCAGCCAGCGCUGUCUCUGGAAUCAUCGCUGACCUGGACACAACCAUCAUGUUCGCCUCCGCUGGAACACUGAGCCCUGAGAACGAAGAGUCUUUCGCUGAUCACAGGGAAAGCAUCUUGAAGACAGCCAAGGCACUGGUGGAGGACACCAAGCUGCUGGUUGCGGGAGCUGCUUCCAGUCAGGAGAAACUAGCUCAAGCCGCCCACUCUUCGGCCAAAACUAUCACUCAGCUCACUGAAGUGGUCAAACUGGGUGCAACCAGCAUGGGUUCAGAGGACCCCGAAACACAGGUGGUUCUUAUAAAUGCAGUGCGGGAUGUAGCCAAGGCUCUGGCCGAACUCAUCAGUGCCACCAAAUGUGCUGCCGGCAAACCACCUGAUGACCCAUCCAUGUAUCAGCUGAAGAGUGCAGCUAAGGUCAUGGUGACCAAUGUAACGUCUCUUCUAAAAACAGUGAAGGCUGUGGAGGAUGAAGCCACUCGUGGGACGAGAGCACUGGAGGCCACAAUUGAGUGCAUCAAACAAGAGCUGACAAUGUUCCAUUCCAAGGACGUCCCAGACAAGUCCACUUCACCAGAAGAAUUCAUCCGCAUGACAAAGGGCAUCACUAUAGCAACAGCCAAGGCAGUAGCCGCAGGCAACUCUGCUCAGCAAGAGGAUGUGAUCUCCACCGCCAACCUGAGCCGCAAAGCCAUCUCUGAUAUGCUGACUACCUGCAAGCAAGCAGCACACCACCCUGAAGUGGGCGAGGAAUUAAGAGGCAAGGCACUGCAGUAUGGCUCUGAGUGCACUACCGGAUACAUAAACCUUCUGGAGCAAGUGCUGCAGGUGCUGCAGAGACCCACACCAGAACAGAAGCAGCAGCUGGCUGUACAUUCAAAGCUUGUGGCAGCAUGUGUGACAGAGCUUGUCCAGACAGCUGAGGCCAUGAAAGGAUCAGAGUGUGUGGACCCUGAAGACCCUACUGUGAUCGCCGAGACCGAGCUUCUCGGAGCCGCAGCAUCCAUUGAAGCUGCAGCCAAGAAACUAGAGCAGCUCAAGCCCAGGGCCAAGCCCAAGCAGGCAGAUGAGACGCUGGAUUUCGAGGAGCAGAUUUUAGAAGCAGCAAAGUCCAUUGCUGCAGCUACUAGCGCUCUUGUAAAAUCUGCAUCUGCAGCUCAAAGAGAGCUGGUGGCACAAGGCAAGGUGGGAUCCAAUCUAGCCAAUGCAGUUGAUGAUGGCCAGUGGUCCCAAGGUCUUAUAUCAGCUGCACGAAUGGUAGCGGCAGCCACCAGUAACCUGUGUGAAGCAGCAAACGCCUCAGUGCAGGGCCAUGCCAGUGAGGAGAAGCUCAUCUCUUCGGCCAAACAGGUUGCAGCCUCCACAGCUCAGCUGCUGGUGGCCUGCAAGGUGAAGGCUGAACAUGAUUCUGAAGCCAUGAAGAGACUACAGGCUGCUGGCAAUGCUGUGAAGCGAGCUUCAGACAACCUGGUCAGAGCGGCUCAGAAAGCAGCGUUUGAUAAGACUGAGGAUGACAGUGUCGUGGUGAAGACUAAAUUUGUUGGAGGGAUAGCACAGAUCAUUGCGGCUCAGGAGGAGAUGCUGAGGAAGGAGCGUGAGCUGGAGGAAGCUCGGAAGAAGCUGGCUCAGAUCCGACAGCAGCAAUAUAAGUUCCUGCCCAGCGAGCUGAGGGAGGAUGAGGGCUGAGUAGCUGAGGAGACAGGAUGUGUACUGUGGUGCAGAAGAGACCUUUUGGUCAGUGGGAUAUGUGCUAUCAGUUGCUUUACUCCUACAUAUCCAGUGACUAUACAGCACUUGAAACAGGCCUGUUUAGUGAGAAAAACAAGUGCCUGUGCUCUGUAGUGUAUUUGUGUGAGUGUGUGUGUGGUGUAUGUAUGUAUUUGUAAGUGAAUGUCUUUGACAUUCAGACUUUAAUAUGAAGAAAGUUAUUAUGAGCAAUGUGAGACAGUUGGAUUAAGUUCCAUGGUAAAUUUAUCUUUGCUUUGCGGGUGUUUGUGCAUCAUGAGCAUAACUGACUGUUACAAUCAUGAAUCAAAUAUGUUGCAAAUGCAGAGUUUCUCUAUAAUCACUGAAUGUUCUGUAACUUUUGAAGGUUUAAAGCAAAUAGGAAUGAACUGGUGAUAGUUCUUCAACUAGCGGUCUAUAGCUUGUAUUAAAUGUUAGAGAAAAAAAAAUCCUUAAAUGCCUAAGGAAAACGGCAGGAAGCCUCAUUUUAUCACUGGGUUGCAUGCACCAUAAUCUCAACACAUAUCAACGAAGCUACUAACCAACAGAGUAGUCUGGGGCUGAAUGGCGCUUCUCUUUUACUAAAAAUCCUGAGAUUUGCCAUUCAAGCUACAAAUCUUUAAUUUUUUGGAUUCUGAUUAACCUAACGUGUUCAGCUUGAUGCCAAACACCGAAAAGUUGGGAUCAGUGUCAAACUAAGAAAACAACACCGUUGGCCAACACUUGGCAUAAAGAUAUUUAUUCUAUCAAUUUUACAAGUUCUUAUAAAGCAAAGAGGUGUAAUAUGUGUUAUUCAGAGAAUCUGAACUAAAAGUGACCAAAUAUGUCUUGCUGCUUGUACUUUACAUCAUUCAAAGUUAUCCCAUUAGAUCUUCCCCCAAAAUACACAGAGCUGUAUCAGGUCAUAUAAAAUAUGUUUACAUUAUCUUCUAUAAUGUUUUUGUCUCUUGUUAUACAUUUUUUAAAUUCCUCCACCAUUUACACUGGCCAGAUUUUGUUUAAGUGCCCACUGUACUGUGCACAAACACUCUCACAUACAGGUGUUCUCCACCAGCCACUGCCAUGUCUUCGUAAAGCCCUUUCACUUUAAAGUCUAUGUGUAUAGCAAUAUUACACUGAAUAUUCCAGGAAGAUGAUAAUGGGAGUCUGUGCUGUUGGUGGUUAGAAAAUGAGAUGUGUGCAAUGAUAUUGGGCUUUGGUCUCUUGAAUUAAAUGAGCAUACAUUAUGCUCUGUGUAUGUUUGUAUUUUUUGCACUGAAGACGGCAAAUUGAAGCUUCCAUCACAAUAUAUGAAAAAGUUCUUCUAAUAAACUAGAAGGAAAUAGCCACAUGCGCUGAUUAAAGAAAAUUUUUUUCUUCACAAUAUUAUAUACAAUAUCUUAAACUUUCAGCGGUUCAUGUCCUCGGUCUGUCCACGCCAGUGUCCGGUCUGCAUUGUGUACUAGUGCCUUACCAAAGUCUGCCCUACGAGCAGCUGAAGAUCAGGCUGGGUGGAAGCCUGAGCCUUGUCCUCUCUGGAUCAGAACAUUAUGCCAAUCUAAUCGGGGUCUUUGCCAUACAGUAAAAUGCCUUGGCCAACCUGCCGACAUUGUUAUAAUGCUGAUAUAAAAGGGCAUCUGUGGAUACUUUAGGAUUUAGAGACUAACAUUAGACUGCGUUCAAUGAGCAUGUGGCAAAUUGUGUCUGAAGUUGAGCAACGUUUGAAAAUCAUUAUGCCAAGUUCCACUCAAAUGUUGAACUGGACUUCUGAGUUUCAUUGUCUAACCACUAUUAAACAAAAAUAAGUUUUUAUUUGUAAAUGUAAGAAUUCCCUUAUAAUAUACUGUCUAACUGAUUUGUCUGAGUAUUAACAGAAAUAGAAUAACAGUUAAUCUCUGUUGCGAAUUGAUGUUGUGCUUUCUUUAACAGACUGCGUUAGUUUUGAUUUGAUGCUGUAUGUAAAAUAUUUAUCUGGUCACAAAAGUAUUUUUUGUAUUCAACAAAAAUAAAGAAUUUCAAACAACCA